UUUAGUUGUUCUUUUUAUUAUUAGUUGUCUAUGUGUGUCUAAUGAACGUAACUUUUGUUUACGAAUUUAGUUAAUUGUUUUUGUUUAAUUAGUCGAUAUCUAAGAUGAAAUUAUUUUUUACAUUAGUGUUUAUUUUAAGUAUAAAAAUAACAGAAUCUAUAACACCAGCAUUGAUUCUUACGCCUCUUAUUGAAGGGAGUAAAACUGAAGAGGCCAGAAAUCUUGCUAUAGUCGAUCCUUUACUGUUCCUAAAUGUGACCAGCUACUCUGGAUUCCUUACGGUCGAUAAAAGGUACAACUCGAAUCUAUUCUUCUGGUACUUCCCGGUUCCUGAUAAGCCAGUUGACAAGACGCCCUGGAUUAUUUGGUUGCAAGGAGGUCCCGGCGCCACCAGUCUUGUUGGUGUGUUUGAUGAAGUUGGACCCUUUGAAUAUAAGAAAGAUUUAGGUUUAAAAAAACGUGAGUGGUCAUGGUGUCGGGAGUACUCUAUGGUCUUCAUCGACAACCCAGUAGGCGCAGGAUUCAGUUUCACUGACAGCAAAGAAGGAUUUGCAAGAAAUAUGACUAUGUACUCCAGUCAGUUAUACUCAGCAGUCCAGCAACUGGUAGUGCUGUUCCCAGAGUUGCGAUCUAGCGAACUGUACGUGGCCGGGGAGUCCUACGGCGGACAUUAUGUACCAGCAUUCGCAAACAAAGCAGUUCAGGAGAUGAACGAACAAGGAAAAUUACCUUUUAACUUGAAGGGUUUAAUUAUGGGUAAUCCAGUGUUAGACCGCAAGGGUGAGACAAACUUCACUUCGGUGUUUUACAACUGGGGUCUGAUAGACCGACAGGGGGUCAUCGCCGCCAGCUCCCUCCAGGAACAGUUUAUACAGGCCGUUCAAAAAGGAAAUUCCAGUGCUGCCGUCGAGCUUCGCAACCAGUUGCUCGAUAAGUUGCAGCUGAUAGCUUUCGAGCCUGACACGUAUAAUGUAUUAAAGAAUUAUGGCAAUUUGGAGGAUUUUACUGAAUAUAUUUCGUUGGAGAACGUCCGCGAGGCGCUGCAUGUUGGUACCAUACGGUUCACGUUUAGCAACGUCAGUGUGCAUACCUAUAUAGUUGAUGAUUUCUUGAAGCCAAUGUCACCGAUUAUGACCUCAGUAUUGGAACAUUGCAGAGUCCUCAUUUAUUGCGGUCAGCUGGACCUGACAGCGCCGUGUGUGCCGGCGGCGGAGUGGCGACGCGCGCACUGGCGCUGGCGCGGCCGCGACCUGUUCCUGCGCGCGCCGCGCACUCCCUGGUGGUACAACAACUCUCGUGCUGGGUUCGUUAAAAGCGGCGGAGGUUUUACAGAGGUAUUAGUUCAAGACUCGGGUCAUCUCGCACCAAUUGACAAAGCGGAGCAGGUGCUGCAGCUAGUUUCCUACUUUAUCAGGGGCCUGGAAUUGCCAAUGCCACCAAACUAUCAAAUCGACCCGAAAAAUACCCCAGAGUAUAAUGUACCAGAUGGCCAAAAAAGUGUACCAGAUUCAGCUGGUACGGAUUAUAGAACCGGUCUGAUUGUGAGUGUCAGUGUUAAUGUUCUGCUAGUUAUGGGUCUACUUGUACUGGUCGUAUUCGCGGUGCGUUGGCGGAGGAGUAACGAGGAUUUCUUCUACUCACCACUCUCUGAUGGCAUUCUGUCCAUGACGUGAUUGUAAAAUAUAUUAUUAUACAACUUUUUAUACUAUGUUGAUAAUAUGACUUACUGAUAUACCUGCCAUGAUUUUAAGGUGAUUUCAUUGAAUUUAAUUGAGAUUAGAACAUUUUUCUUUACAUAGAUGUUCCUAUCUAAUACAUAUACAAAUUUAUACUCACUCCGGAAAAAAGAUUCAUAAUCAAGCGAAGGAAUUGAGCGAGAAAUGUGACAAUUUGUUUUUUGUAACAGUUAAAAUCUUAUAUUAAUAGUUACUAUUAAUAUUUUUGAAUAAGUUUUGCUAAUUCGCAUUACUCUGGUCGAAUCAAAGUUGAAGCUAUACUAAUUUGUAUAGAGCUGAAAAUUGGUUGGAAUGUUUGGAACACUGUUAUGUGAACCAUGAAAAAGUCUCCGUCUAUGAAAAAAAUAUUUAAGGCUUAUGAUCUCAAAAUUAUUUAUUUUUUUGGC